GAGCAGCAGGGAGGGCUUUGGCUGUUGCCUGCUGGCUUUGCAAUUGCCAGACAGACUGGGGAGGGACCGGGGCCAGGGAGGAGGAAGUGCCAGCCUUGCAGGGAAGUGGAAAGCCAGGGCAGCAGCCAGACAGAGCCACAGAACGGCCCCGGUUUCUUUAUGGACAGACAGAAAACAAGUCUCAGGUAGGCUCCUGUCCAGGCCUUGACUGGAUUUAAACCAGAUUACUUUUUGGCAUAGUCAACAUGGUGUAGUGGUUUGAGAAUUGGACUGUGACUCUGGAGACCAGGGUUCGAAUCCCCACUCAGCCAUGAAAUGCACUGGAUGACCCUGGAUAUAUUGUAAAUAAACAUGAACCCUUUAAUUCCAUACUGUUUGAUGGCUGCAUAUUUUUGGAUUGCUAUCUUUUAUGGGGCUUCUACGCAUACAUCAGCUCAUAGUGUUGGUCACCCUCAUAAAUGGAAUAAGUUCUACUUUGUUCAUCAUUGGCCAGUAACUGUAUGUAAGAUGAACGCCAAUGAUUGUAAAGAUCCACUAAUGUACUGGACUAUCCAUGGACUCUGGCCAGAUAAAGAGGAAGAGUGUAAUAGAACUUGGCACUUCAAUAUAUCUGAGCUUAAGGAUGUCAUGGAAGAUAUGAAGCAAUAUUGGCCAGAUGUUCUUCAUCCAAAUCACACCCAUUUCUGGAAACAUGAGUGGGACAAACAUGGAACUUGUGCAGCUGAGCUGGAAUCUCUUAAUUCUGAAAAAAAGUACUUCAGUAAAGCACUGGAACUCUAUAAAAAUCUUGACCUUAACAGUUACCUCUUAAAACUGGGGAUAAAGCCUGGAACCACCUAUUAUCAGAUGGCUGCCAUCAAAGAAGCACUUACAAGUGUUUACAAUGUAACACCAAAGAUUCAGUGUCUUCCCCCAGAAGAGGGUCAACUACAGAUAAUUGGUCAGAUUAAAUUCUGUCUCACCAAGGAGUUUGUUCUGAGAAACUGUACACAGCCAACUGUACACACUGAUUCCUUUUCGGCCCAUGAAGAUAAGUUCUUAAACAUAGAAGAUCUCUCAGACUGCAAAGAUACCCUGACAUAUUACCCUUCACACACGCAUACUUGGAAGCACUUUGUGGCAAACACUGUUAACUUGUAAUGAAGUAUGCAUCAUUGUUCAGAGACAAAAUGUUUCUCACCCAGACGUAUACUAGGAAACUUUAUAUUGUUUACGUUCUCCUUGCUAUGGAUGCAUGAGUGCAAAUUACAGUAUUGUCAUAAUGGUUGUAGAAACUGAGAAGAUUCAUUUCUGUGGAACAUCUUUUUUCAUUAGAACUGCUAAAAUACCAUUACUUCUGUGUUUUGAAAAUGAACUUCAUGCAUUUUAGAAAUUUCUUUUUCAAGUUGAAUAGCUCUGUCUCUCUGUCUGCUACCACCUGCAAAUUAUUGCAGUAAAGCAAGCUUCCAACUUUUUGGAAAUUACAUCAGGUUUUUGUGAUAUUUUCCUGAACCUUACAUGAGGGUAAGAAAAUAUUAAUAAUAUCUCAAAUCCAGAUAAUAUUGGCAGUAAAGGGGCAUUUCCUUUUAAAAGGUAAUUUUGUGAGGCUUGCUCCUUCAGAGGUAACAAAUUGACAGAAACUACAACAAUAUAAGUAAUCUGAAUCUCCUUUAAACAGCAAAUGCCAUGUGGUCAGUUGGUCCAUUAGCAAGCUGCCCCUGAUCACAGUGGCAAAGGCAGUAACAUACGCUUGCUUUUAUUCCAGAGUAAUACCAUUCAACACAAUAAGGUUGCUCUAGAACACAGGUGGGGAAAGUGCCCGUCUAGAUAUUGUUGGAAUGCAAUUUCUAUUAGCCCUAAUCAGCCACAACAGUGUUGCUGUCCAGCAGUAUCUGGAGGGCUACAUUUUCCCCACCACUGCUUACUAGUUAGGAUUGCACCAUGAAGCUAGAUUGCUUUAGUGCAAUCACUUGCAGAGAUAUAUCUUCUUUUUUGGAAUUCUUGUUAGUUCUCAAGAUUUAGUGAUAAUUUGUUUUUUUUCUUGUGGGUAUCAAGUUUCUUACCUUUGAUCUUUUUUGUUUAUUUGUUUGUAUGUUAAAAUCAAGACUUGGAUAUCAAACAUUGGUUGUGCUUAAUUUCUCUGGUGUAGUUUGAUCCCUGUAUUCUCAGUUUUCAGCCAUCAUUUUGAGCUUACUACUUAGAUUACAUGUAGCUUCUGAUCUUCUGGAGGCUUAACAUAAAGAAGAACAUAACAGAUAGUGGAUUUGGGCCAGUGAUAUCCUAUCCAAACUGCUGUAGUUGUACUUGUUUUCUUUUUUUAAAAAAAUUCUGCAUUCCAAAUAUAAAUGACAAAAGGGAACAAUUUUGAAAACUAAACCUUGAUUCUUGAAAUUGUUUUGAGGUUGUUGCUUUUUUAUUGCUUUUUGUUUGUUUGUUUUUUGCUGCUUUACCACCGAAACUAGUUGGAAAAGAUUCUGUGUUCACUUGUCUCUGAUAAUCGAAUUCAGCACUUUCAAAUGCAUGGGAGUGGGGCGAAACCCUGUUAGCUAUGUAAAGAAUAUUGACAAAUUUUCUAAUCCUCACUGAGAAAAGAUGGCUUGAACCCACCAAUAAAUAAAUAAAUAUUUUUUUAAAAGUUACCUGCAGUGGGAUUAGUGCUUACUCCUUGGCUUUUUAUGCAAAACCAUUGUUUUGUGCAAACUAUAUUUUCCCACAAAAAUCACUGUACGUUAUGCAUUUUCCAGUCAGGGUUGAUCAAAAGCAGUGAUUUUGUUUAGAAAAUCAAAAGUUGAAGAUAAGUUGAUCUUUUCCCCCAUUAAACAAUAAAUUAAAAAGCCAAGAUAUCACUAAUACUGAUUUUACAAUUUCUAAUUAUAUUUUUUAAUUGAUAGCACAGUUCAAUGAACAGAGAAUGGCUGUGGGUGCAGCAGCACAGUAAGGAUGAAGAGACAAAAUGCACUGGGUUCUGUUUUUGAUAAAAUUAAAAACCAAUUCAGAAUGAUGGCCACUAAAAUUUUAAAAAAUAUAACAAUUGAAAAAUGCACAAACAUUCUCACAAUCGCUUGUAUUCAAGGGACAACUUAAAUUUUUUUGUUCUCACAUGCAAAGAGAAAUGAAAACUUGUAUCCCUACUACUGGCGCUUGUCAUAACGGUUGUACACACAGUACAUAGUUUCAGAUAGUUCUUAACUCAGGCAUAUCAUAAGUUGGCGUGUCACUUUUUUAACAAGGUCAACUGGAGAAUAUUAUAUAGGUUAGAUUUUUGAGAGUAAAGUCAUCUCUAAGCCAGUAAAUGUGCCUUAAGUGGAAUCCUUCACAUAAACAUGACUUUUUACCACUGUUGUAUUUAACACUUAUUACACACACACACACACACACACACACACACACACACAUUGCAAGUAAUAAUACGUCUUGGUUGUAUACAUUAUAAUUGUUAGUAUAGUCUACCAAUAAAACUGCCAUCCACCUAUGGCUUAUUCUGUUUCUUUUUCAAUAAAAUGCUUUACAGACAUCUUA